AUGGGUCGGAAGCCGAACCCUCUCAUCUCCCUAUACUUCGAGCGUGGAGCGAAGCUCAACGACAAUAGCAACCGGUAUCCGCACACGUGUAAACAAUGCGGCGAGUACUUCCCCAAGGGCAGGAUCGAUAAUCUGACGGCCCACAUCACGAAACGAUGCCCCGCGAUAUCCGACUCAGACCGCAUGCGAGCCUGCCUCGAGCUCCAUGGCAUCUCCAACGCUCGAGCCAUGGCAAAUCGCCCUGGAUCAAACAGCGUCAAUGGGCACGGGAAUGCGCAGCUUGGCCAGCAAGGGCAGAAGGAUUUACCGCAAGGCUGGAGUGCUCUCGAGACCCUCGCAGAGGCAUCGCGACAAGUCGAUCUUAACGAGAACAACCGCGUGCCUAAAGAGAACCCAGUCGGGGAAUCACAGCCCAACCACAACCUGGACCCUUCUCACAGCGCCGAGUUUGCGGCUGGUCGCUUUGAACUCGAGGAACAGUUCACUUUGGACAAUCCCCCGACGGCCUACGACGCUCGUGCCAAGAAGGGCUCGACGGACCACGGCUUCAGUCACUUGUUCGAAAGCUCACCGACCUUUGCGCUUCCAGACGCCGCGCAGUCCACUGAGAUGACUCCGGAAGAGCGGCUGCAAACACUACUCCCCGUGGGGGCAUCGUCUCCUGAAGCAUCCAAUCUCUCAGUGGCCGCUGCGGCCACGGCUCGCCUCAAUCCUCCAUUCCUGGACCCGCAACUCCAAGAACAAGAACCAGACUCAACGGCCGCCGCGACGGCGGCCGCUGCGGCUAGCGCUGCUACCUCUGCUCCGACUACUACCCCGACAUCGCCCUCGACGCUCAUCUCCACGACCUCUGCCCCCGAAAACCUACCAUUGCCUCCCACAAGCUUGAGUGAGAGCCUGGACCAGCCGUGGGGCGAGAUGACCUAUCUGACGACACCGCCAACUGCAUCGAUGCUCAAUGAGAUAUCCAUCGCGCCAAUGCCGAUGCACAGAGGUGGCACGAGGAUGGAUACCAGUGAUGCUCUCGUCAAUGGGCGACCGAAAAACUCCAGAGCUCGGUUCACCCCAGCUCGACGCAAGGAAGUCCAGCAGAUUCGGAAGAUUGGGGCAUGCAUUCGCUGCCGCAUUCUGCGCAAAAACUGUGGGAAAGGCGACCCGUGCGAUACAUGUCGCAAGGUUCUUUCGCCACGCGUAUGGCGCACUGGGUGCGUCCGGACUCGCUUGCAGGAACAGUUGGACUUGUACUCUGCCGGCGUCCAGGUGGUAUUGUCGCAGAAUCGUAUCAACCUCUUGAAGGAUCAGCUCCAACCUAUCAACAACGGCACAACUAUCCAGGUGUCCCACUUCUCUCCCGAGACUGGGAUCGGCAUCACCGUGCCAACUUUGGUCGCUGCGCUGCAGUCCUCCGAUGGUCAGGAGGCUAAUCGGGAAAAUGGGGAACCGCAUCACCAGGUCAUCAUGAUUGACCAAGAGAUGGAGGAUCUCCCGGAUCAUAUUGAGAAGUACAUGCGUAUCGCCCUGCCUCUCUUCAUCGAGCACGAGUCGUCCCGCUUCAUGCGCAUUACUCUGCAGACAGCGCAAGGGGUCCUGGACAUGGAGGAAGACGAGCUGUUGCGCAAGGCCAUAGAGCUAUGGGGUCUUGUCGAGAUCAUCGACCGAGAACGACAUUGGAUCUUUCUGGAGAAGCCGGGCGCCGAGGGCGAAGAGCCGCGGUACAUCAAGGAGAUUCAGAGUGACAACGACGCAGACACGUACACGAUGAUCUGCAUGCAGCUCAAUGCAGCGGCUGAGCGCAAGGCUAACAACACUUCCAAGGGUCUGCUGAGCUUUAUGGAUCGCCUACUGCAGGACAGCAAGAACCGUGUCGGCUUUAAGAUGUUUCUCACCGCACUGAUCUUCCUCAACUGCGUCGAGAAGUCAACCUGGGCGUUCAAAGCUUGGGAACAGGCUCAUCUGAGACCUGGGUGGCCCCUGGAGCGGGAUCCUAGCGCAUUCACGCAACAAGGAAGCAUUCUUGCUGGUCUCCUGAGGAUGCUGCUGGGCAUCCGCAAAGCGCUGCCUCCAACGGCCCGUAGCAGCGACGGCAAGCUCGUCACCACGAGUGAGGAGCCUCAGAUCGCUCGCUAUUUUGAGACCCUCGAUCUCGAUCAUGAUACGGUUGCAUCUCGUCAAACCGACAGCCAAUUUUCAGCCCUUGACUCACGGUCCUUGGAGUUGACCUUCUGCUCUCAUCUCCUUCUACCCAACAUUAAUUGA